CCUACCUAAGUAAGUAGGAUUUAUUCGAACUACCUGAUUCCAAUUAUCCUUACCUAGUAAAUAUUGACUCAUUGAACGUAAUCAGCAUUUGUAUCACAUUAAUCGAUGUAUAUCGCCAUUAUUUCAUUUCGAGUCAAGUAACCUAUAUACCCCGCCCCUUCACGAAUAAGCAACAAUGAAGCUAUACCAGAGCAUCUUACUCGUUUGCCUUUCUUGUCUAGUGUCAGCAUCGAAGAAUUCUGAGCCAUACGAUGCAGUGAUCGUUGGAGGAGGCCCGGCAGGCUUCGUACUUGCCUCGCGACUCUCAGAAAACCCAGACUUCAAGGUACUGCUCAUAGAAAGUGGGCCGGAUACGUAUACCAAUGAGACAAUCACGACCCCGAGGUAUGCCAGCCGGCUACAAGGGACUCAAUUCACUUGGAACUUUACGUCUGUUCCGCAGACUACUCUCGAUGGUGCUACACCACCAUUACAUCAGGGAUUCGGGCUCGGCGGAGGCAGUGCUGUGAACGUCAUGGCCUACUGCCGAGGAUCCAGUUCUGUCUUUGAUGAAUGGGCCAAUAUAUCGGGCAUAUCCGGACUAAAAUGGGAUAAUCUCCUGACCUAUUUCAAGAAAAGCACUAAUCUAUUUGUGCCGCCUGACCUCGACUAUGACCAGGUGAUCGACAGGGCAAACUUUGGCGAUUAUCAUGUCAAUGUCAGCUAUGAAACGAGCGAGCAACGAUCUAUAAUCGACAAUUCGUUUGUGAAUACGUGGGUCGCUAACGGUGGAAAAGAUGCCGACCUAACAUCUGGAAAAGGUAUUGGUAUGAUUAUAGGAGGUCCUCAUUCUAUCAAUCCAGCCAAUGGAACGAGAUCGUAUGCUUUACCUGCCUACGGAUUUGAACUUGCUGGACGCCCAAACUUUGAGUUAAUUGACGGCAGCCGAGUGAUCAGGAUCAACUUCGAGGAGACCAAGGCCGUCGGCGUGGACUACAUAGAUGUCUCAAACAACGAAACUUUUACUAUUAGGUCAAAAGAAACGAUUAUUAGUGCAGGAGCGGUCAACUCUCCACGCCUCCUCCUUCUCUCGGGAGUUGGUCCCAAAGAUGACCUCGAAGAACUCGGUAUUCCUGUUGUCGUCGAUAGUCCUGGAGUUGGGUUAAACUUCUUCGACCACCAUUAUAACGUCAUGAUGUUUAAUGCCACUCCUAAUAUCAUCACCAACAAACAGAUAAGCGAUCCAGUACUGCUCGCCUCCUUUUUAGCCGAAUACAAAGACAACGGAACAGGCCCCCUAUCAACUCCAGGCUCUUCCUCGUUCCUCGCGGAGAGGGUACCCGACGAGAUACUCGAUAGUUUCGGUGUGAAUGUCAGCUUUCAUAAGAGCUUACCGAAAGAUCGGCCUCAUUUGCUGUACCAGGGGUCGGCCUCUGCGAUGCUUCCAGCGCCCGACAGUUCCAAUACAUUUUCAAUGCACUCAGCCCUCGUACAGCCGGAGACACCUGGAUCCAUACGGCUCAACAGUUCGAACUGGCGUGAUAAUCCAGUACUCGAUUCCAAUUACUUCGGUUCCGAAGGCGACUUUGCUAUUGCUCUAUAUGGCUACAAGCGCAUGAUAGCCAUGAUGCGAUCAGACACGAUGAAGUCUGUAAUAGUGAACGAAAUAUAUCCCGGGCCCAACGUCACAAGUGAUGCGGGUAUCAAGGCAGCAUUCAUGGAAGCUGCUCUCUCGUACCAUCAUCCAGUGGGAACGAAUUCUCUCGGGACAGUGUUAGAUGAGAGCUUUAGGGUGAAAGGUGCGCAGAACUUGAGAGUGAUCGACUCGAGUGCUAUCCCGCGACUGCCAACAUGUCACUUGCAGUCGUCGGUAUAUGCGUUAGCCGAGUUUGCGUCUACGAUACUCAAGUACGAGCUUUACUAGGUAAAGUAAAGGGUUCACAGUUCGAUAAUGCUGUAUUGGUGGAAAAGCUCUGGGAGAAAAGGGGCUAAAGAAAAGUGGAUACAUACAAAAGGGGGGACUAGCUAUACGCAUCCCAUAGUAAAUGAAGAAUGAUCGAAAAC